GUGUUGCUGGUAAAAUGGGCCAGUUUGAUUGUAUAAUAAUGUCCCCAGUUAAAUUUUUUUGAUCUUCAUCUUGUUUUGGCGAUUAAAUUCUAGGUUGACUAACCUAUAUUAAUAAGACAGAUUCAUAUUACAGAAUGACUAAAAGUCGCUGACUUAAAAUUGAAUUUUUACAAAUAAAUAUUCACACUUUAAUUUUAAUUUCACACUUUAUUUAUCGUAAGUCUGUUAGGUAAUACGACUUAGUUCUAUGCAGUGAAAGUGUUGCAGAAUUCUGCAGUAAAAAGGCUUCACGAAAUGGGCAGGUGUUUGGUCAUUUUACAGUUCUCCCAGUAGGUGACGCCCUCCGCUAACGUGGGAUGUGGCGCGCGAUGGGGAGGCACCAUUGAGUCGAACCUAACGAUCAUCAUUUCGUCAUCAUUUGUAACCAUAGAGCAUGAAUUACCUCUCGAAGUCAUCAGAGAGAAUUUACGACUGGUCAACAAAGGCACGUGAUGCCCUAACGCUCUCCCAUAUUUGGCCGCAUACAUGGCAAAAACGAAGUACAGUGCAUUGCUAUAAUUCAUUAUUACAUCAUAAAUUGUGCGGCGCUGGAUUUUAACGACCAAGAUCUACAAAUCAAGACAUUUUAAAACAUCCAAAUGAGCUCUUAUUUUCUAAACUCGUUCUCAGGGCGCUAUCCAAAUGGGUCUGACUAUCAGUUACUAAAUUAUGGUACUAACGGCGCUAUGAACGCUUCUUACAGGGACUCCACCAGCAUGCAUUCCGGGUCUUUCGGUUACAACUACAAUGGAAUAGACCUUAGUGUAAAUCGUCCCAACAAUGGCCAUUUCGGGGCAGCUGGAGAUAAUUCUCGCGCUUUCCAAAAUCCGGGUCAGGAGACCCAGUACAGACAGUCGAGCUGCUCGCUCUCGUCUCCAGAUCCUCUGACUUGUGCCACCAGCGAGUCUCUGGAAUUGAAGGGUUCCUCUCCUCCAUCUGAUCAGAGCACACCACCCGUCAACAGCAGACUUACCAACAGCACCAAUCUCACCAGCAACAACAGCACACAUUUUGCGGACACAGACGAGACCAAUGUCUCGUCCGAGACCGAGGAUGGAGCACAGACCACCACACGUACGCAGAAGCAAGAAUCUGUGGCGAGCUCGACUACAACACCUAACGACGGUCAAACUCCACAGAUAUUCCCAUGGAUGAGGAAGCUGCACAUUAGCCAUGAUAUGACUGGACCUGAUGGAAAACGGGCUCGAACAGCUUACACUCGCUACCAGACGCUCGAGCUGGAGAAAGAGUUCCAUUUCAAUAGAUAUCUCACGCGCAGGAGGAGAAUAGAGAUAGCUCACACUCUCUGCCUUUCAGAGAGGCAAAUUAAAAUCUGGUUUCAAAAUCGCAGGAUGAAAUGGAAGAAAGACAAUAAACUGAAAAGCAUGAGUCUCGCUACAGCGGGGAGCGCAUUUCAAAAUUAAUCAUAUAAUUUCAUAUAAUAAUUGGAAAAUUCGACUACUGUUACAGCGCUGCACCUUUCAGCUUGUUGAUAUCACCUGACGACGUGUGAUUCCCCGUGCAACUCAAAAUGGUUUUGAAUAUUGUUAUCAUAUAUGCUAAUCUAGUUACUAUUGCCAUAAAAUGAGUGUGAAUGUCAAGUGUGUCAAGUUUAUACAUUCGUGGAGGAAAGCAUGUUCCAUGUAAGCUAUUCGUGCAACGUAUUCUAGACCUGUUACAAAAAUGAUGUACAGUACAACUCGCACUACCUAGCUAUUUUAAAUGAUGGUGUAAAAAAGAGAAACUUUUGUUGUAUUCUUGAACUUGUAUUGAAACGUCAUGUAUUCUUCACGCAACAUGCUAUAUUCUUGUUAUGUGCCGGGCUUUUUGAGUUCUCGUAGAUGGUACCUGCGAGAAAAAUUAUCUUUUCGCACUUACAUUUGUGUACUGCAGCACAAGAUUACUUUGGGCUCAUAAGAUGUCCUAUGAAGAAUGUCUUUAUACAGUAGUGACCAAUAUGUUAUUUGUAGUGCACAACGUGAAUUAUGGACGUUCUGUGUUAAAAGUUGAAUACAUUUUUUUUUUGUAAUUGAUAUGUUGAUGGUAUCUCUGCCAAUUUUUAUCUUUCUUUUGUAUUUGUAUUUGUGUCUAAACUGAAAAUGAAUUGAUCCAAAAAGAAAAAUAAAGUUUACUCUCAGUCUCUGUUUGUCUGUAGGCCUGUUUGGUGAGUGGUCCUAAUGUUGGACCAUGCAUAACUACUUCUCAUUUUACCCAACAGUACAUCGCAUUUUUAUUUGACACUUUAAGUAAUUAUUUUGCUCUUAAAUGGAAGCUGUUAAUGAGUCAUAUUGCCUACAAUAAAACAAAGGAUAUUCCAUUUAAUUUUUGCUGCGCUCUGUGAGGACAUUAUGGAUCUCGUUACAGAAUAAAAUGCCUUAUAAUAUGGCAAUAUUCAAAUUCAGCUCGUGUGUCACAUCCCAACAAUAACUCAACCCUUCAACUUACCUCUCAAUGCUCAAAGCGGAUGAACAAAACGAUCUUUAUAGGUUGUUUUAACAAUCUGCAUUAUUGGUAUGAAACACAACAUACAAAUCAUCUACCCCGACUAUUUUCUUCUGAAGUUCAGUCCAUAACACCAACAUGUAGCUCUUGGUAGCUCUAAAAAAGUCACGUGAGGUCGAUAAAGUUAGUUUUAUGGUUUUAGGGGGGUUGACAAUGUGCUUCAUAAUUCACAUUCUUGAAUGUAA